CUUCGUGGCGCCGCGUUGUCGAGUUUUGUGCGACCACCUCUUCUGACUGGCACUGUCAGAAGGAGGAAGUGUGGUUGCACUACCAAGGGGAUUUUAGCAACGGUUGGAGGCUGAUUGUGGCUCAAAAGUGCCGAGUGGCUUUUGUGAUUCCUCGAUUUUCGAGAAGAGGCUGAAGCGGGUGUGUAGGUGUAUCCUGUGCUUUGCUUGCUCUCAGUCCAGUUCUCUUGUCUUCAACGAAGUCAGACAUCAUGGAGGCACCUCCAGUCACCAUGAUGCCCGUCACCGGCGGCACUAUUAACAUGAUGGAGUACAUGCUGCAGGGAAGUGUUUUAGAUCACAGCCUGGAAAGCCUCACCCACCGCCUUCGUGGUUUGUGUGACAACAUGGAACCUGAGACUUUCCUUGACCAUGAGAUGGUCUUUCUUCUUAAGGGCCAGCAGGCCAGCCCAUUUGUUCUAAGGGCCCGGCGCUCUAUGGAUAGGGCAGGGGCACCGUGGCAUCUGCGCUACCUAGGACAGCCAGAAAUGGGAGACAAGAACCGCCAUGCCCUGGUGCGAAACUGUGUGGACAUUGCAACAUCUGAGAAUCUCACUGACUUCCUAAUGGAAAUGGGUUUCCGCAUGGACCAUGAGUUUCUUGCCAAGGGACACUUGUUCCGUAAGGGCAUCAUGAAGAUUAUGGUGUAUAAGAUCUUCCGCAUUUUGGUGCCUGGAAACACAGACAGCAUUGAGGCUUUGUCACUCUCCUACCUUGUGGAACUAAGUGUUGUUGCACCAGCUGGGCAGGACAUGGUCUCUGAUGACAUGAGGAACUUCGCUGAGCAGCUGAAGCCCCUGGUACACUUAGAGAAAAUAGACCCCAAAAGGCUCAUGUGACUAAGAAUGUCUGUCAUUAGGGCCUGUCCUCAUCUGUUAAAAUAAAGAAGUCUUUAUAAAUGCCCCAACCAGGCAGUCUUCCCCUCAUUGUAGGACAAUGAAGACUUAGAUGGUUCUUUGUACUGUUUUCUUCUUGGGACAAGUUCAUUUUUAUGACAACUUUUCAAAUGAAAGACUUGGGAUAACAAAAGGAAUCUGUGUAAUCCCUCUGUAUUAAGAGAGGAAGC